UGACCGGAUACCAGUUUCGAGCGUACUUUAGAAUACUCUUCAAAAAGGAGAACUUCACAAAAUUUUGUAGCUUUAACUUACACGUGUUUUGAAAUUUCGUCUCAGUAUGGCAAUCUAAGAGUAAGCAUUGCAUCGAUCCAUAUAAGCUUGAAUCUAUAGACAGCCAUGGAGAAAAGUACUGUCAUAGGGACCUUAUUCCAGCAAUCAUCACUCAAAGUUGAAGAAGUAUGUCACAGUUUGAUCAACAGCAUACAAAGUAAUCUUGAUCAAGGUUUUAAAUUUGAGGAGAUUUCUUCAUACAGUCACAAUCUAGCUGUGUUGAAAGAUCUUUUGUGCUGCAAUGGAGCUGUUGAAAAUAGGAAAGAUGCAAAACAGAAAGGCAAGGAUGAAGAUCUCCAAACAAAUGAAAAUCUUGCGGACAUAAAGUUGAAUAUUGUUGAGAAGAUUUGUUUGCCAUUGUUAGGGCAUUUAUUUCCAUCUUCAGAUUCAAGGCCUGAGGUUCAAGUUUUGUUAGGAGUAACAGGACAACUGGUAGCAGUUUGUGUUAAAAAUAAUGACGGAACAUUUCAUAGUGUUCUUGAAUAUAUUGAAAUGAACAUUGAGAAAUUUGAAAAUGCAAAGCCAACUAAUUUUGAUAUGCAACAUGAUAGAGCCAUUGUUGAUAUCCACACCAUUCUAGAAGUUAUGAGACACGUUAUAAACUCUGUUGCAGGUGUUAAAAAUGUAGAUGAUCAAAUUUUGGCACGGUUAAAAUCAAUUUUUACUAAACUCACUGAAAGUUUAGAGUAUAUUUCUGUUGAGCUGAUAGGUAGUGCCAGUGUUCCUGUGCUACUGAAGAUUAUGAAAGUUGAUUGUAGAAAUGCUCCACAUUAUCUUGACUUUAUUUGGAAAUAUAUUCAAAAUUUCUCACAGUUAAAUGAUAGAAGGAAACAGUUUCUGCUACUCUGUGGCUUUGCAAACUAUUUCUUCCCAGUUAACGGAGAAGUUAAAUGCGUAGAUAUCAAACAAAAAGAAGAGUUUUGGGAGAUACUUCAGUCUGGUUUAUAUAGCAAAGACUCGGUGAACCGGAAACGUUCUCUGUAUUUGUUGAAAAGGAUAGUGGAUAUAUGCGAAAGUACGCUGACUGACGUAAAUACUGAGGCUGCUCAGCCGAUAUUCUGGUGGAGUAGAGAUAGAAGUCCCGAAUUGUCAAAAACAUGGCAAGAUUUUAUGCUGUUAGCUGAAGUCUUGGAGGAAAAGCAGGUACAUGUUAUUAGACCCCUUUUACCAAGGAUGAAAUUACUUGUGAAGGCCUCUGAAAUGCCACCAGGAAAAGGUCAGCCUUUAUUACAUACCUCCUGGUUGAAAACAAUACUGUUAAGAAGUUCCUACCAUGAAAGUUUGCAGAUCAUCCGAUGGUCAGCUGAAACAGUUCUCUCCCUUGAUCUCUCCAAGUGCCCUAUGAUAGAACAAGGUUUGGAUCAGUACCUGGCUGGUCCAAUGUUGUAUUCACUACAAGAACCAAAGCUGUAUGUUAGAGAAUCAGGGUCCCCACUUGGGACUAUGCCAGCUAUUGCCGAGAAGCUUGUGAAUUUCUUUACCACAUGCUGGGAUGUCAUGUCACCUGAAAACAAAGGUUCCUUUUUCUGCCGGACAGUCAAGAACAUUUCUUCCAGACAUUGGGGUCCUAUAGCUUUACUUUUCAUCUGCAGAGGUUUAGCUCGGGUUCCGCCAACACCUUGUCUAGAUAGGAACACAGUCCUGGAAUUAAGGAAAUUAUUGACAGGCUUUCUAGUUGCCGUGGAUACAUAUUUCCGGGGAACAAUUCAAGGUUAUUUAGUGCAGAUAUUAAUCAAAUUUACGGACAAGAGUACAGUACUGCUAGAGGACUUUAUUCAGAUCUUAUGUCUGGUCAGAAGGGAGGAGAGUUUACAAAGGGGAACAGCUCUAUGGACCCAGUGUGUCACAUGGUUUGAAGAAGGUGGACCUAAGAAAUCAGAGUGGGACCCUGAAGGAAUGAGACAGUAUAUAGAAAGUAGUGUCACUAAAUAUCUUCAAACCAGUCUAGAUUCCAAGUACAGUACUGCAGAUUCAGCUGCAGCAGUGAUGGUUGCUAGGUUACUGUUGCUGGCCUCAGAUGCCUCCAUAGCAACCGAGUUGGAUGACAACAAUUCAAGCACCUUAAUCAAAGUCACUCAGAUGCUUGCAACUGUAUUGAACUCCAUCAACACACAUGCCUAUAUGUCUACUCACAAGGCUGAUAAGGCUCUCUUACUGCUGAUACUGUUGAUGAAAGAGUCAAAGCCUAAAGGUGAAAUACAAGAUGACCAGGUUGUGAAGGUGAUACAUUCUGCUGUUGAAAGUUGUCAGUCAGAAAUACUGGUGUAUGUAGGCAGGCAAAUAUCUGACAGCAUCAUUUCUGUAUCAGAUAUGAGCCAUCUAGAAUUGUAUGUAGACUGUGUACAAGUAUUGGCUGAGUCAGCGUCUACAAUGAGAAGUGUUCAAUUUGACAGACUGGUCGAUACCUGUGUUGCAAUUCUCAACAAACCUUCAGAGAUGAUGGACUUGCAGAACAAGUUACAGCACCUGUCUGCUGUGUGCAUUCUGGGAACUUUAUCUAGCUUCUGUCACAUGAUCAAACAUGGAAAUGACAUCAACUUCACAAAGCCUUCAGGUGAUCAGAGGUUGAGUCAACAAGAAUGGGGCAAAAUCAGUUCCCUCUUCUUGGAGAAUGAAUGGCAGGUUGUUGAGAUGGCACUACAACACAGUGCUGCACCCUGGUGUGACAUGCUAGAGUUACUGGCCCUGGCUGAGGAUACAUUAUCUGUUGGUGUUACGACAACAUCUGUGAUAGUACUGAAGUGCCUUAGAAUGAUUAUACCACAGGUUAAAGACUUGGUGUCAGGAGAAAGGCUGGUGUCCAUAUUAGGAACAUGUUGGUUCAGUUUCCAGGAGGCACGUAGGAUCGUGGCAUUCUGGGAUGUAUUGGAAGCUUUUGUGCAGGCAGCAUUCCAGCCAUGUCUGUUACAGAUGGCAGAAGAUUCCCCUGUUAUAGUGUGUCUUACAGAGUAUGCAGAACAGUUGAUGGAGACUGGGAAAGACAAAAAUGGCGUGGUGAACGCACUUGCCACUCAGCUGUGUACGGUAUGGUCUGAAAAUGGAAUGAUGCUGCAAGCUGGCAAGUUUGUCACGGUCAUUGUAGACUUGUGUAUGUUUGGUGCACUUAUUAGACGAGGUGUAAGGUAUGAAAUUAUUAUGCCCCACUUCGAAGAAGGAGGGGUAUAUUGUUUUGCAGAUGUCAGUCGGUCGGUCAGUCUGUCAGUAUGUAGACCAAUUGGUUUCUGGAUGAUAACUCAAGAAUUUCAGUACAGAGAGAGUAAGAAUCUGACACUGUGCUCACUGUUGUGUAUAGUUAUACAUAUGGGACCUCAUCAUCCACCUGAUGAACAGACUGAAUACUUCAAGCAGGCUAUACCCAACAUCUUGCCAUGGUGUAUGGCCCAUCAUUUCCAUACAAGGAUCUACUCACAGGCAGUGCUAGCCAAACUCUGGGACCAGUGUCAGCAGUUGGGUCUACACAUGAUUUUGAAAGAAAAUGCUAUACUUAACUGUAUAGUAGACUUCAGUCAACAAAAUAGAAAUUCUACUAGAAAUGUAAAGAAACUGCUGGACAGCUUCUUUUUCAAAUUUCUUGACUUUGAGAGGGAUUUUACACUUGAGACUAUAUACAAAAUAGUGUCAAAGAUGACCUCGCUUACAGAAGAGGACUGGAUCCAGCCAGAACAGUUUAUACAGAACAGUUCUAUAUGGAAUGAUGGGGCUGGUUCCAGUUACAUUCAGCUACGCAAUAUUUCCAGGGGCUUUGAGCAGUGUGACCCAGGCUUGUGGAAAUACAUCAGUCUUAAGAAUCCAGCAGAUGAUGAUGCAGUAGAUGAGACUGUAGCAGACGACACAGAAAGUGAUGUUCAGAAGAAGAUAAUGCCAUGGCGACAGAUGAUGUUAGAUGAGGAGACGAUGUCAGAAGUUGACCAUGGCGUUAAACAACACAUCGAGGGAGGACUAGUUGUUGUUACCUCUCUUAUCAAUAAAAUUCCGAAUUUGGGAGGUCUCUGUCGUACAAGUGAGAUAUUUGGAGUAUCGGAGUAUGUUAUGGGCAAGAUGGGGUAUAAAGAUGAUAAAGCAUUCCAGGGACUUAGUGUUACAGCUCAUAAAUGGAUCCCUAUCACUGAGGUGCAUGAGACAAAGUUAGCAGAUUAUUUACAGCAGAAAAAACAGGAAGGUUAUACACUAGUGGGUGUAGAACAGACAGCAAAUAGUGUGUGUCUCACUGAAUACACAUUCCCGGAGAAAACUCUCUUGCUGCUUGGGAAUGAGAAGGAGGGUAUACCUGUAGAAUUGAUCAGCCUGUUGGAUGUGUGUGUAGAGAUACCUCAGCAAGGUGUGAUUAGGUCUUUGAACGUACAUGUUAGCGGUGCCAUACUUAUCUGGGAAUAUAGACGCCAGCAGCUUAUGAAAUCAUGUAGUAGUUGAUGAUAACCUAAUGAUAGGCUCAUAUAACAUAAUUUUAUUAAAUAUUGAUAUGUAUUGUUAUGUCUCUGGAUGUGCAAGGAAUUUGUGCUGUUCUUUUCUAGGAUUGCAGAGGUCUCGUAAAAACGCUUUAAAACUUGAUGAUUAGGGACCAUUAGCCUGCUGGUGGCAAGUGAUUUUGCCUUGUGACCACUUUAAGGUGUGCACUGUUCGCUAUUCAGUCAGUAAAUUUUCAGCAAACACCCCAGUACUGCCCAAAUUGAAUGAUGGACCAGUUCAUUUUAGAAAUUUAGCAUGGUAAAGGUUAAUAUUAUUCUAAAUAUAGGAGCAGAGAAUUGACAUGCUCCCAUAAUACAACAUGAGUUUGAAGACCAGUCUUUUAAUGCAACAUUGUCAUUUGUUAAAAAAAGUCCAGACUGUGUUCAGGAACAACCAAUCAAAUGCUAGAGUUUUGAGACUGGUUUACUAAAGUUGACUUCAUAAUCUGUUAGCCAGGUCAAAAAAAGUGUUAUCAAAGGAUUUGCUGAAGUCCUCAGAAUAAGUAAGGACUUUUUUAGCUGAGAAGUUAAUGUUGCUGACUGAAUUACCUCUGGUUGUUUUAACAUUGUUGGGGUGAAUUACUUUCUUGUAAAUGGCCUUUGAAUUGCUAUUACCUAAAACUCCACAAACAAACAGAAUUCCUUAUUUCUUAAGAUUUGUUUCAGAAUUGUUUCAAUGUUCCUCAGUUCUUAGAAAUGUCUCGAGGUUCUCGAAGUUGUUGGAAAGAUUAUUUUCCUGUCUGUUUGCAUUUUUGUGACUGGGGCAUAAUGACACAUAAAUCAUGUUAUGUAGGACAAGAGCAGGUUACAGUUUUGUGUAUUUGCAAGGUUCACUGCCAUCAGUGCUGUAGUACUUCUGCUGUGUAAAGGGUGCAGUUUGCCUUCUUGCUGAAGGAGGUUUAUAUGCAACAUAAAUGGUUAUAUUAGAAACAUAGGGGUUUGACUGUUUAUGACAGUAGAAAGCAGAUGAGCCCUUAAUGUUCUAUUAAGAUGAAAUAUUGUAGAAACAAACCUGUCCUGAGCAGCCAAUCCAGGGACCUGGGAGUAAUUUGAACUGGCCUCUUGUAGCAGAUGGGAUCUUGAUUAGGUUCUGUUUACACAAAAUUGUUUAAAUACAGGGUCAGUAAUCAUUAAUUCAGUAUGAAAGGGGCUGCUGGAACAUGUUUUACCAUAAUUAUUGUAGGAAAUAUAAGUCUGUUAUAAAUAUUUUUAGAUGUUUUAUUAAAAAUAUGUGAAAUACAUGUAUAUUGUGAGAAUUAAAAGACUGUGAUAUUUUCAUUUUUCGUGAAAUUGUCACCAAAGAAGCAUCAUGUCACGGAUCUCUGUAUCAUUAAAACCUUGAGUGGUAAGGAACAAGGCAAGAGAAAUAAUUUAUAUAUUUUUAUUCUUGCUUGUUUAUGUUAGUAUAUUUAUAAUAUCUCUAGAAAAAAGUGAAAUAAAUAAAUGGUUGAAGGAUA